UGGGCGCCAGCCGCGCAGCAUGCACUGGGGGAUUGGCUUUGCCUCGUCCAGGUCGUGUGUGGUGGAUUUGAGCCGGAACCAGAGCAUCUCCUUCGGCUUGUGGGCCGGAUCUGAGGAGCCCUAUACCUUUUAUGGGGACAUCAUCGCUUUCCCUUUGCAGGAUUACGGAGGGAUCAUGGCAGGGUUGGGUUCGGAUUCCUGGUGGAAGAAAACCCUGUACUUGACUGGGGGAGCCCUGCUGGCUGCAGCGGCGUACCUGCUCCACGAGCUCCUGGCCAUUAGGAAAGAGCAAGAGGUUGACUCCAAAGAUGCUAUUAUUUUGCAUCAAUUCUCAAGGCCAAACAAUGGUGUCCCCAGUUUGUCUCCUUUCUGUUUGAAAAUGGAAACUUAUUUAAGGAUGGCCGACUUACCUUACCAGAACUAUUUUGAUGGAAAACUUUCCCCUCAAGGGAAAAUGCCUUGGAUUGAAUACAAUCAGGAAAAAGUGUCCGGCACAGAAUUCAUCAUUGACUUUUUGGAAGAGAAACUUGGAGUGAACUUAAAUAAAAACCUUGGCCCCCAUGAAAGAGCAGUGUCUCGAGCUGUGACCAAGAUGGUGGAAGAGCAUUUCUAUUGGACAUUAGCCUAUUGUCAGUGGGUGGACAAUCUCCAUGAGACCCAGAAGAUGCUUUCUCUUAGUGGUCCCUUUAGUGACCUGCUCAAGUGGAUUCUCUGCCACCUAACGAAAGGCAUUGUGAAGCGUGAAAUGUAUGGCCAUGGAAUUGGUCGCUUCUCUGAGGAAGAAAUCUACAUGCUGAUGGAGAAAGACAUGCGAUCUUUAGCAGGGCUUUUGGGUGAUAAAAAAUACAUCAUGGGACCAAAAUUUUCCACUCUUGAUGCCACUGUUUUUGGACACUUGGCACAGGCAAUGUGGACCUUACCAGGGACAAGACCUGAAAGACUAAUCAAAGGAGAACUGAUUAACCUUGCCAUGUAUUGUGAAAGAAUAAGGAGGAAAUUCUGGCCCGAGUGGCACCAUGAUGAUGAUAACACCAUCUAUGAGUCUGAGGAAAGCAGUGAGGGUAGCAAGACGCACACCCCACUGCCGGAUUUCAGCUUUUAUUCAAGGACAGAAACCUUUGAUGAUGAAGGGGCAGAGAACAGUAUAUCCCGGACGCCUGACACAGACUUCACUGGACACUCCCUCUUUGAUUCUGAUGUGGACAUGGACGACUAUACAGACCAUGAACAAUGCAAAUGAUGUUCAGACCUGCUGGCCCUCCUUUCUCAGAGCUGUCACCUCUUGGGGUCAGUCCAGUGUUCCCAGGUAGAGCACCACCCCCUCCAGGGAGGGAGAGCGCCUGGUAUGUGGUACAUACAGUUCUCCCAGGUUAACUGGACUAGGUCAGUCUUAUUUCUUUUCGUAACAAAAGACCAAGACAACAAAGACAAAACCCACAAAUGGUGGAAAACAAAGCUGUUCAGAUGGCUUCGUUUAAAAACACAAAAGGCCAACCAAGUCAGCAUGGUUCCUGAAAUCCAUUUUUGUUUUCAUGAGAAAACUAAUAUCUCAGUCAGUCAGUUUGGGUGGAGCCCUGGGGACAGAGAGAACAGAUGGGCCUACAGGGAAGUACACACACUAAACCUCUUUUAAAAAGAGGUCAAGGGCUUAGUUGAAAGGGGAGUCCCUGAAAUUCCUGUAACUACUUAUAUUGGAAAUGGGUGUAAGAUAUUAAAAUGGGAGAAUGUAGAAUUGUUGUUUGUUUGUUUUUUUUUCCUGGUGGCUGCUUAUCCUGUGUGUAUGUGAAUUAUAUGUUUCUAGAGGCAGCAUAAAUCAAAUCAACAGAUAUUUAUUGAGUUCCUACUGUGUGCAAAGCACUAUGCUAGGUGCUGAUCAGGAAUAUGCUUCUUCUAAGCUCUGCCAGUGACUCGCUCGGACAAGUCACUUAACUUCUGUGUGCCUCAGUCUCCCCUGCCUGUAAGAAGGGGAUUAAAAUAAUUUCCACCUACCUACCUCACAGGGAUGUUGUGAGGAUUCAUGAGAUAAUAUACAAUAAGGCGCUUUGAACCUUUGGGCAGAAAGGCGCUACAUAGACAUAAAAUAUCAUUUAUCUUUGUGAUUUAUAUGUGUGAGAGAGCCACUGAGGGAAGGAAAGGAAAAUAAGUUUAUCAACUGGCCAGUUAGGGUCACCAUUCUAGCAGAUAAAGUAUAUAUACAGGUGAGGGCACUUGUGGCUCUAUCAACCAUCAUUCCUUUUCUCGAUUUUGCUUGAAAUCUUUGUUUGAAAGAAUGCUGCAAGUCACAGGACAGCUGGAAACAUUCUGAUAUUUUUCUAUAUUUCUGAAGAAUAAUGUUCUUUUUCUUGUUUGUCCUCAUAUAGGCUGAAUAUCCUUGUUUCUCCCAUCCGCAGGAAGUUAGGUUGCCAUUUUUUAUUUAGAGGCAGUAAAGCACAGAAAGACCAUGUGUCUAAUGGAAAUGAAGCAGGCAACAUUUUAUGGAUUUGGGUAAUCAGGAGUAUACCUACAAAAAAAAAAAGCAUUUCUUUAAAAAAAUACAAAAAA